UCUGGAAUUAUGUCUGGCUGGUUCUCCCGAUCUAGGUGGGCCAGGUUGAGCCCCUUCACUAUCUGGUCUCGUGUGGGACCCUGCGCUGCCAUGGAGAGGGUGGCAAAAGCUGUGGAUAUGCUCAGGGGGAAAUGGUGACCUCUUACAAGACCCAAGUGAAAGAAGACAAGAGACUGAUGGUCUUUAUCAAACCAAUGGUGCCGUGUUGCACUCCCAUACUGAAGGCUAGAGGAUCAUCUUAGGUGAAGUGGGCUGAGCCAGCUGUUGGGACUGUCUACAUGGUAAACAGAGUGGAUUUACAGCUGUGCCAUGGAGCUAGGAGAGUUGUGUGUGGUAGGGGGGCCUCAAACAGGGCUCCACCCCGGCUGAGAGGGAGGUGCUGUCCUCCAUCCUAUGUCAGGAGGAGCAGGAGAUCCAGACCUGCUCCCCAGCCAUGGUGCAGACUGCCUGUGUUCAGAGGUCCACUGUGCUCACACAUUCCCGGAGGAAGACUGGCCAACAAGGGUCAGUGUUUCUUUUCAGUCUCCUCUAUUUGAGUGACACACAGUACUCUCUGACAACACUACUAUCAUCUCUGUUUUCAUUACUGUUGAAAAUAACACCCAUAGUAACUUUUCAAUAUUAUUUAAAGGCCCAGGGGCAGUCAAAAAAUAGAUUUUCCUUUGUUUAUAUGCAUUUUCACUAAGGUUGGAAUAAUACUGUGAAGUUGUAAAAAUGCUAAUGCCCUUUUAAUAUAAGAGUUGUUUGAAACCGGCCGCGACCGGGAGGUCCACAAUUGGCCUAGCGUCGUCCGGGUUAGGGAGGGCUUGGUCGGUAGGGAUGUCCUUGUCUCAUCGCGCACAAGCGACUCCUGUGACAUCAACAGGUGGUAUAUUAGCUUAUGGACCAAUAAGAAAGAGAGUUCCAAAACACUGCCAAUAACAGCUAGUUUUCAGUAUUUCCCUCCCCACAGACUAAUCCCAGACAGUCCUAAUACAAUUAAUGCCUGAGAAACUGCUCUUUGCAAAGAAGCUAUUUUUGUUUCUUUUUGACCAUUUCAAUUGGAAACAAUCCCAGAAAGGUACUUCCAUUGUUACACAAAAAUUAUUCUAUAAUGAGAUGACGUCUGCAUUGGACCUUGAUAGGACCUGAGGUGUUAAAAUAUGUCCAGUUCGUAUUCUUGUGUGUGACAGAGGCCUCAUACCCCCUCUUCAUGUUAGUCACCAUCAUCCUGGUUCAAUUAUAUGAAAAGAUAAUGUAUGUAUAGAUAUACAAGCAAUGUCUAUACUGGUCAAAUGCAAAAGUAUAUCAUGAGAAGUUUCACUUUUUUACUGUGGUGCUUGUAAUCGGAGUACUUUUGAACAUUUGCCCUUGGUGCGCAUAAUACUUUUAUUUUGGCUGAAAUUCCCUAUUUUGUCAACCUGAUACAGUCAUUAGAUGCUGUCUGUACACAUAACUAAUCUAACAAGUAAAUAAGAGGACAUCACUACUACUACUACAUUAGUGUGUUUAAGACAAGGAUGUACAUUUAAUGGGAGGGUACAUGAAAAAGACUCAUCGCUAUAAUAAUACAGUUGAUAUUUGUACAUCAAACUUUUCAGGAAAAUGACAUUUUGUGCAUAUAUUGUAUGGUUUUAUUUUUCCUAAUUUGCGUUGCUUGACAUUGUAUGAUAACAAGGCUGUCUGAAUAAAGACGCUAUUGUCUAGAUGAUGAGUUAUUGUGCACUCUGUGUCUGACUGGGUAUAAGACCAGAAAUGCUGUGAUUGUUCAUCAGUUUAUGCUUACUCUUCAGUGUCUGAAAGGAGAGUCAAUCACAAAAAAAAAGAUAAUUACUUUCAAUUUAUAUCUUAUCAACACCAUCACGUCGUAUGUCAGGUCAUUGACUUGCACAAUGACAUCAACUCCCAUUUUCCUAUUAUGCAGUGCCCUUAACUCACGUUUCCUGCAAGAAUGACCUACAUGUAUAAUACCCACUUUACUACUAAGCUCUAAUAACUACUCUUCCUGGCAGCACUUGACUGUUGUAAGUAUUUAUGCAGCAGCUAUAAUACUGUUGAUUGUUGCUCAGCACCUGUGCUGUCUAAUAAAUCAGACUUGCUAAUAUGACUUUCCUCUCACUGUUUCAUUCCACAGUGAGGGACCUGGCACAGAACCUAUAUAGUUCUGCUUAAAGACUGAAAUAAGGUAGCCUCUUUCAUACCUCAUCCAAGAUCGCAUAUUGUGUUGAUUGGUAGUGUCGUAUCUGUCAUCUCUCAGUAGUUGAAACUGAGCCUUAAGUAGUCUGGUGUGGCUCUGGCUCUGUGCCCGUAAUAGACUGUGUGUGUCCGCUGAUUGAUUGGAGGUGAGAGGUAAAUGUGAAAUCCCAUUCAGACACAGAUUAGGGGUAAUCAGAGGCAGUGGGGGUCCUUAGCUCAAUUCUGCUAUUGCUUAGAAAUCUCAAUCUUGGUUGUCACUACUAUGCAUACAGACUUGCUGCGCAGGUUCAUCACAUGUCAUGGAAAGAAAAUAUAGACAUGGUGUUUUAUUUUUUGAGUACAGUAGGAAAAUGGCACCAGUGAUAUUUAUUUUAAGUGCCAACACUUGUGUGCUUGGUCUUCACAUUUCUCCUACAGAAGGUGUCUUUCCAGUCAUUGUUUAUUUUGUACUGAACAAAACCAACUAGCAACUAUCAGCAAAAUCUUGAUAAUUGUAUAUGUUCCAAAAUGAUUUUGUAUUUAUAAGCUUAUUUACUCUUUCCCUUUUAGGAUUUCCAUCUGUAGGCAAUGUCUAUUCCACAAACCCCUCUAACUCGCAUGCAUCCUUCCCCUGUUGACAUAUUUGUAACAUUUCUUGAAGGCUUGGUUAUAAUGAGUAAGACAUGCUGAGUUGCAUUGGUCUAUAGCUGUAGAAAACUAGAGUGAAUAUUUGUAAAAGCCUAAAUGGGUAUUUUAUCAAGACUCGGCACACAUUUAAUUGCCACGUUUUUCGACAAGCUUGUCCCAAUACAGUGGGAAAAGGUCUGCAUAUUUUCAUUUCGACCAAUGUCCUUAUCAUUACAUUCAGGCUGAGGCACAUUUAAAUGUAGUUAGGAACUUGAAGUGACUGACUGUUUGUUUUAUUUUAAUGUCUGUGCUAUUUCAGAUAACAAGUCUCUGGCUCUCUUGAAAUAAUUAAAUGUUUGACCUAAAUGUAUUUCUGUAGGCAAUUGUCAAUGAAGGGUUCACAAGUUGAAGGCGGAAUAACACAGUUUGGCUUUCACUCCUUUUUAAAUGAAUUUGAUUAUGGGUAUAUGAAAAGGUAACAAGGUGAUGAUGGCAUAGAAUCGAAGACGCAUUGAUUCUGUUUUAUAUGUUCUUGCUAAACAAUCUCUGCUAUCCAUUUCCAUGUUAUCUAUUAUAAUCGUGUUCUGUACCAAUCUGCUAUGGGUUGUCUCUUUUGCAAAAACAUUUGCAUACUGUCAUAUCACCUCACCCAAUCCCCCUGUAAUGGCAGUCCUCCCUUUUUACAACCAUUGCUCGGUUUGCCACAUUGUCCUAUUCUGCCUCAAUUCCAUGUUUCUUUCAGGCAAGCUUUUAUUGCCCGAGGCAGUUCCUGUUCUUUAGACAAACUUUUGAUGUGUAUUGCCUGGUCCCUCACCUUUUGAGGGCUCUGUGGAGUGGGCUAUAUAAGGUGUCUGAGCAGGUGUCAACUGGCCACAGGAAUCUGUUUUGGGGGCAGGUUGUCUGGUCCAUAGUAGGCUGUGGAGGGGACAUCGAUGUUGGGGUCGCCGUUGUUGGCUGUGUCAAUCUGGUUGCACUUCCCCAAGCUCUUUAUGAUAUUGAAGUUGGAUCUGGCUGUCUCCACAAAGCUGUUCUCCAGGAGCCAGCCGUCGGACUCUGAGUCUGGGUCCCCCUGUCUCAGCACGUUCUCCAGGGAUGUCUGGAGGUAACGCACCCCCGUCAGCACCGACAGCUACAACAACACACAAACAUUACUGAGGAAAUCCCUAGACCAUGUAAUAUACUGAUGACUGUAACUUUUGUUUAUCAUUUAUAGUGGACCAGAGUAAAAUAUGUGGGUCCCAGAAGUAGCUGUAGGUUUGGGAUGUGUAUUUUGGGACAGCUCCAUGUGACCCAGUAGAGGACAAAGGGUGAGUCCACACACAAAGCUGAGCAUGGAUAACCCAGAGCCAAUGUCACAAAAGAGAUUUGGUGUGGGAUUAGGGAGCAUGCAAAGUGAAUGAACAAUUAUAUCUAUCACUCUAAGGGAGGAUAACGUGCAUGGGAGGUGGACCAGAAGCCCUGAACUGCAAGGACAAGGUGUCAGACAGAAUACUGCAAUGUAGAUUGAGUUCCUUCUAAUUAGUGGUUUGCUGAGUCUAAAUAAUGUGUUUGGUGUAUGUCAGGUAAGUCUCAGGCGCCAUGUUUUACUUAUAUUCAAACCACAUCAGUCUGUUUGUAAGAACACACCUAUGCCUACCUCAAACAGCCAGAUGAUGAGGACGGUGAGGCCAAUGGACUGCAUGAUGUGUGUGUAGUACUCCAGCAGGGCCUGGCGGCAGCCCUUCUUCCACAAGUUGAGCUCCUCUGUCUGGUAUUCAUAGUUGAAGUGGGCUGAGCUGUUGGUGAUCUGGUGCUGGAUGCAGGGCCGUGGUGAGUUAAUGUUACAGCAGCUGAAGGGAACCCCGUCCAUCAGGUAUUUCCCUUCCACGUUACUCCUCAGCCGGCUAGAGACGGGGAGAGGGGAAAAGGGAGAGACCGAGACAGACUGCAUCACUUGGGGCAUCUAGAGCCUCAAAUUCAAGAACCUUAAGGUCAUAGUAUACAUGGGCACGGAGCUGAGCUCUGUGUCUGAUCUGGCAGGUAGGGUACCACUAUUCUAGUCUGUACUUACGCCACAACCUCCCUGCAGGACAUGUCCAGGUAGCGGUUGCUGAUCCACUGGAUCUGGAACCAGUCUCUGAAGCCGAAGUUGCCGCAGCACUGGAACUGAAUCUGCAGCAGGUCCACAGUGCGCUUCAGGAAGCAGCGGCCUGGUGUGUCCGUGUCCUUAUAAUAGCGCAUGGCGUCCCGCAGACCCAGGUCCAGAGCCUCCUCUAGCUCCCCGCGCAUGCCGUAGCACAUGAGUGCCCCCACCAGGAUGCAGAAGGUGAAGAAGAAGGCAUCCUACAACUUGGCCUGGAGAGAGGCGAGCCGUAGUGGCACAGAAGGAGUAGACAGACACCCGCCCGCAGCAGCAUCAGAGUUUGGUGAUCCCAUGUGUGGUCUGCAGGGUCGACUGUGGCUCCUCAGCAGUGAGGCAGGACUGCUGGAAUCGGGAAUGCAGAGCUCUGAAGCAACACACCUGGCUGGGUCGGCUGGUACAGUGGUGGGGCAUCACCGGACUCCUGCCCAAGUACCCUGGUAAGGAUGCAUACACUAAUCUUACACACACAGUCAAACUUUACAAACCGGUCACACUUUAAAUCACAGAGUUGUUAUUACUGUGUAACUAUUCGUAUAAGUACAUUGUAACAAGAGUUGCAUUGUUACGGUUAGGGUUAUAGCUAGGGUUAGGAGUAUUGAUACGGUUAGGGUUGGCACUUCAGCUGUAAGUACAAUCAAUGUAUUACCACUCAAGGGUUAGGGAUAGUCUAUAGUAUUUAUACGUACACUGACUAUUCCUCUCAGAUGCUCAAGAAAUAAUUCAGAUCUCUCAGAUAUGGAGAGAGAUGGAUCAGAACCAUCGCAGGGCUUGUCUCCACACUCCCGGGUAAUCCUUAAAUCACUGAUAGGCGGUCACUCUCACUCUCUUUCUGUCUUCCUCCUUUACGAGGAGGACUGCACUGACCAGGGGUACCCACCCCCUAACCUGCAGGCUUUGCUGAAGCUGGUGCUGGUGCCUCGCAUUGACAACAUAUCUGUUCAGGCCAUUGUAUCCAACCAUGGAGAAUCCAUCAAAUGUCCUCAAAGUGUGAAAAUGACCUCCUGCAGUCCUUUUGCCAUGCCUUCACCAUCCCUCCCAGCUUUUCCCAGCAGAUCCGGGCCUUCUGGCUGCUCGACUGCUGUUGACCUUUGACUGGUAUCACAGCACCACUUAGUCCAUUGGUGUACAGACGCAAUGGAGCUGCUGCUGAGCCCCAGAUCUGAACCACCCUGGUUCUCUUGGCAGCACCACUGCAUCAUCCACAGACUGCUGAGGAGAAAGCAGUUCUGCUUGGCGCUGACGUAUCUAUACUGGAUCAGACCAGCCACAGACAGCCCCUACAACCUCAAGCUCUCUGUCGAUGUACUCCUACUGAACAGCCAUAUCUCAGAUGCCUGGUUCCUCCUAAAGAAAGGCCACACAGGAAGUGAUGACAUGUCAGGUACUUCCUCAAUGGAUGUGAGAGGAUUGGUCUGUGUGUGGAGGCUUCAGACUGCUUGGAAGCAGUAUGGAAGGAUGUAGGCCAUUGUACUAAUCAGUCGGAAGAGACUGAGAGUCAGUGUGGAAUAGACGGGCUUUCUCAGCGUUGGUGGACCACAGGGAUCCCUAUGGCAGUGAAAGAGCCAGUAUCAGUCUCAGAGCAGCAACACUCUCUCUCCAGAGGAUUGGAUCAGACUCCUCAGGGAAUCUAUGAUUGAACUCAGACAACUCCAGCCAACAGUGAGUUCUCUGCUGCCAACGACUGGAGCGAACUGCAAAAAUCACUGAAGCUGGAGACUUUUUCUCUCCCUCACUAACAUCAAGCAUCAGCUGUCAGAGCAGCUCACAGAUCAUUGGACCUGUAAAUAGCCCAUCCAACUACCUCAUCCCCAUACGUGAGGAGGCGGCAUGGCCUACCAACAAGAGAGGAAAAGGAGCUGUCGGAAGCUGAGUCUGACCACCCAGGCCCUGAGGCACCUCCUCCCUAGCCCCUCCCCAGUGGAUAUGAUGACUGACAGGCUGGGAGAGCAGGGAGACACAGAGCCACCCAAUGACGAUCCGCCUCUUAUAGCUGAGGAGAAACACUGGACUCCGGCACAAUCCCCAUCCAAGGAGAGCUCUGAAUCUAUGUUCUCUUUCAGCGCUGCCUCCUCUCUGCUCCCGCUGAGAUGGAGCAUCCCUUAUGUGUAUGGAAGCACAGUGAUGCUGCAGCAGAUCUCCUCCCUGGAGGAUGGUGUCACAGCAGGCAGGAUGACAGCCCAUCCCUCCCAGGAGACAUACUCCACCCAGGCUGCCCUGACCUGCCUCUGACACUAGAGGGCGCCACAGACCCUGUCUCCUUCAACAGCCUGUGUAAAGACACCAGGAAUGUUUUUUUUUCACCUUUAUUUAACCAGGUAGGCUAGUUGAGAACAAGGUCUCAUUUGCAACUGCGACCUGGCCAAGAGAAAGCAUAGCAAUUCAACACAUACACCAACACAGAGUUACACAUGGAAUAAACAAAACAGAGUCAAUAAUACAGCAGAACAAAAGAAAACAAAAAGUCUAUGUACAGUGAGUGCAAAUGAGGUAAGAUAAGGGAGUUAAGGCAAUAAAUUGGCCAUGGUGGCGAAGUAAUUACAAUAUAGAAAUUAAACAUUGGAAUGGUAGAUGUGCAGACGAUGAAUGUGCAAGUAGAGAUACUGGGGUGCAAAGGAGCAAGAUAAAUACUGUAUGGGGAUGAGGUAGGUAGAUAGAUGGGCUGUUUACAGAUGGGCUAUAUACAGGUGCAGUGAUCUGUGAGCUGCUAUGACAGCUGGUGCUUAAAGCUAGUGAGGGAGAUAUGAGUCUCCAGCUUCAGAGAUUUUUGCAGUUUGUUCCAGUCAUUGGCAGCAGAGAAAUGGAAGGAAAGACGACCAAAGGAGGAAUUGGCUUUGGGGGUGACCAGUGAGAUAUACCUGCUGGAGCGCAUGCUACGAGUGGGUGCUGCUAUGGUGACCAGUGAGCUGAGAUAAGGCGGGGCUUUACCUAGCAGAGACUUGUAGAUAACCUGUAGCCAGUGGGUUUGGCGACGAGUAUGAAGCGAGGGCCAGGCAACGAGAGCGUAUAGGUCGCAAUGGUGGGUAGUAUAUGGGGCUUUGGUGACAAAACGGAUGGCACUGUGAUAGACUGCAUCCAAUUUGUUGAGUAGGGUGUUGGAGGCUAUUUUAUAGAUGACAUCGCCGAAGUCGAGGAUCGGUAGGAUGGUCAGUUUUACGAGGGUAUGUUUGGCAGCAUGAGUGAAGGAUGCUUUGUUGCGAAAUAGGAAUUCGAUUCUAGAUUUAAUUUUGGAUUGGAGAUGCUUAAUGGGAGUCUGGAAGGAGAGUUUACAGUCUAACCAGACACCUAGGUAUUUGUAGUUGUCCACAUAUUCUAGGUCAGAGCCGUCCAGAGUAGUGAUGCUGGAUGGGCGAGCAGGUGCGGGCAGUGAUCGGUUGAAUAGCAUGCAUUUAGUUUUACUUGCGUUUAAGAGCAGUUGGAGGCCACGGAAGGAGAGUUGUAAUGGCAUUCUCUACUGAGUGUGAGUUCAGAUGCACUGACUGGAGCUGUAUGAUACUCAAGAUUUAAGUUGUCAGCUCUUUUUGAAAUAAAGUUCUUGAAUAUUACCCCAACAACAUUUUCUGGUUUUCUGAGUUCUUGAAAGUGUGUGUUUUUUGUUUCUUUUGUAAAGUUUCCAUUGGGGGGAGUAGAGGAGAUCAUGACCUGUGAUACCAGGAAACAACCUCGUAAUUGUGGAAGAGCAGGCAGUUCCCCCUGUAGAUGUAACAUUAGACAGAAGACAUAGUCUGAGCAGACUAAACCUCCAUCCUCAGUUGUAUAGUAAUGAGGACAACCAAUCAGUGCCCUCUGUUUCUGCCAUCCAAGUGGAGAGUCACAACUUCCUGACACCUGACUAUGAUCACUACUACAAGGAAGUGACUGAGGAAAUCAUUCAUGUGACUGACGUGUGGAGCGUCAUACCUGGAGGGGACAAAUCAGAGAACCUCCUCCCCCAGACCUCCCCCUUCUCUGGGGCUGCUGUUGCUUCAUCUCUCUGCUCCCUGGAGCUGGAGCCCUUACAGGUGACAGACCUCUACUGUCCAAUUACAUAAAUACUGUACAUACUAUGCAGACCACCUACAGUGUUGGCCAGCUGGGUUUCUGUGUUUGUUCAGAGGGUGUCUGACCCUCCACAGCUUGAGGAAGCAAUAGAAUGUUUCUGCCAGAACUCCCAGGAUGCAGUGGACCAACCAGAGAUCCUGACAUCCUGUGCCCUCACUGAGACCACCCAGGAGCUGUUAAGUGCAGGGCCCAGUGGCCCAAGUACAGAGAGAGGCUCUACCCUGGAGGGGGAACUGGACAGUGGGGGGCUCUGGGAGGAAUAUCCAACCCUUCUCUCUCCAGGACUCCUCCCUGCUCAUCCCCCGUCGGAGGUCCGUACGCUCCAGACAGCUACAGGUCCCUGGAGUCCCUCUGUCCCGCAGGAACAACUCCAGCCGCAAUCCCCCAGUUCAGCACCUCCUCAGCCCCAGAGACAGGUUACCUGAAGGGGAGAAGGCCUUGCACAAGGAGGAGACAGCAUGCUUCAGAUGCACCCCAGAGGAUAGGCUGCGUCACUGUAAGCUGGGCAGCUGGUGGAAACAAGCCCUGGAGACCCAAAGGGCAUCAUCUGGCAUACUACCUGCCAUAGAGCAGGUAUCCACCAUCUCAAAGAAAAGAGGGUCUCCCUCUUCCCUGGGCGACCCUACUCCAACAGUCUGGUCAGCAUCCAGGAGUCUCCAUUCAAGCAGAGAGGAGACAAGCAGGAGGUCAAAUAUGUAGAGUUCAUCUCUAUGUGGUCACUGGGCUUACAUGGAGGGUGUCAGUAUGGAGGGAAAUAUGCUCCGGUUGGCCAAUGGAGGGCGCUGUUGUCCAAGUUUGUAGGUUUUUAUUUUGUCUCUGAUUUGAAUAAUCUCAUACCCCCCCCCCCCACGAGGCCAUUCCAGCGUGUAACCUUUCCACUUUCUCCUCCCUUGCCCCUGUCACAACCAACUCAUAUUUCCUCAUAUAGAAUCAGUAGUGUCAUCUGAACAUGGUGGAAUUAUAUUUUGGCUUACAUUUUUUAAAGAUGUUAUAUUUAAUUGGUAAUGAAUAGAGAUAAUGAACUUAUCUUACAUGAUUUAAAUACUGAAGUCAACCUCACCACUUUGAUGGUGCAGGUACUACAUUUACUUUGUGUUACUCUGACAAAAGUUGCAGACUGCUUUCUUGGCUCUGUCUAAUCUCUUUGUCUAAUGCAUUGAGGGAGCUCACAGUUGAUGCGUUUGACCCCAUGACAUCAUGAUGUCAGCAGUGGAUGUACAGCAUGUGUACUGUAAUGUUGCUACACUGAUAAAAUUAGACAGUUGUUCAACUGAGAUUGAAUUAGGUAAAUGUUUAAUUGGGAUGUAAUGAUCUUACUGUUUGGUGGGAGUCAUGUGAACCAUAUGGAGCCUGGCAGGAAAAAUGUUAUUACAUAAAUGUAAUUCAUGAUGACAUAGACAAUGAUUAUACCUUUGGAAUAUUGACUGGUGAAUGGACUGUCUGUGUGAAUGGUUGAUUGCUGAUAUUGUACAAUUCUAAAUUCGUACCCAUCAUAAAAGGGCAGGUAACCUAGUGGUUAGAGCAUUAGGCCAGUAACCGAAAGGUUGCUGGAUCGAAUCAAAUCGGUCGUUUUGUCCCUGAACAAGGCAAUUAACCUGUUGUUCCCCGGGAGACCGUCUUUGUAAACAAGAAUUUGUUCUUAAUUAACUGACUUGCCUAGUUAAAUAAAGGGAAGAAAAAAAUAUGAAAUUCUGACUUCUAAUACAUUACCAAAAAAACUGCUUAGAUUGAUAUUAUAAAUAUAUUAUCACCUGGAUGUUUUAUUCCAUGUUGUACUCAAUGUUCCCUCUCUGUAUGGCCACAAAUCUGUAUUCCAGUCUGGUGUGGUGAGUUGAUCAUCAAUCUAGGCCCUGGCUCCACCUGUGGUAGACAGGGAGAACAAAAGUGUUUGAGGUUUGAUAAAUUAGCAGAUUGGGAGAUAUUGAUGACUAAUGUGAAAAUAUAAACGUGUCUACACAAGUCAUACUAAGUAGCAUAUUAUCGAACCAUCUUCCGUUAAAACAGCAGCAGCUAUGGAUAAUCAGAGUGCACGAUGACCAUAAACAUGUGGUCGUUAAUGUAAAACAUACAUUCGGAAUAUUAAUGCCCUUUAUAACGUCAUGAUCAGAUUGGUUAUGCUGAAACGAGAUUGGGAUGCUCAUGAAUGGGAUGCUCAUCAACAAAUGAGUAAUCUAAAAGUAUGUUUGUCAUUUAUUGUACAGAUCCAAAGACAUCACUGUAAGAUUUUCGCUUGUUGUUCAACUUGUGUGCAUCAUUAUGAAAACCUUGAUGUCUCUAUGGAGAGAGGCAGGCUGAACAAAGAUAGUUAUCUGUGUGGUGGUGACACAUGGAGGAGUUUUACAGGGAGAUGAAUGGCCUCUAUUAGAAACAUUUAAUCAGUCCCUGUCCUUGUGGUUUCAGUCACCCUCAUCGCCCGAGGAAAGAUUAAUGGCCACAGGAUAUUUCAUCACCCCUCCAUUCCCCAACUCAGGAUAUUUAUGUUUAUUUCACCUUUAUUUAACCAGGUUGGCCAGUUGAGAACAAGUUCUCAUUUACAACUGCGACCUGGCCAAGAUAAAGCAAAGCAGUGCGACAAAAAUAACGACACAGAGUUACACAUAAACAAAUGUACAGUCAAUAACACAAUAGAAAAAUCUAUGUACAGUGUGUGCAAAUGUAGAAGAGUAGUAAGGCAAUAAAUAGGCCAUAGAGCCAAAAUAUUUACAAUUCAGCAUUAACACCGGAGUCAUAGAUGUACAGAUGAUGAUGUGUAAGUAGAGAUACUGGGGUGCAAAAGAGCAAGAAGAUUUAAAAAAAAACAAUAUGGGGAUGAGGUAGUUGGGUGUGCUAUUUACAGAUUGGCUGUGUGCAGGUAAGCUGCUCUGACAGCUGUUAUGAGGGCCUGAUUGUGUCUGUUUGUUGUGGUUCUGUUGUUAGCAGAGAAAGUGGAGCCUGUGGGUCAGAGGGGUUCUGGGAAGUUGCCCCACCAGCGGGCGGAGCAGGGUGUGGCAGGCCAACGGGGAGCCAGGGUGAAAAACAUCUAUUCUGUAGAGUGACAAACAAUCAGUGUUUCUGUAAGAUCUAAAUUGUCCAAAUACUGUAUAGUGCUACUGUUGUUCUAAACUUCAAACCACUGUAAAUCUACAGACUGCAGACUGUUAUUAACAUUGUUUUCUUUGGCAGAUACACAUUUUAAAAAAUCA